UGAGGAGGUUGGCAAGCAGCAUGGCGGACGCGGCCGCUUGGCCGGAGCUGGAGGCCGCGGAACGGGAGCGGCGCCGGGAGCUGGUUCUCCCCGGCGCGGCGGUGGAGGCCCGUAUCCGGGCGGGGGGAGGCCGGCUGCCCCCGCGGCUCCUGGCCCUGCCGCUGCUGCAGGCGCUGGAGCUGAGCGGCUGCGGGGCGCUGCGGGAGCUGGGCCCGGGGCUGGCGGCGGCGCUGCCGGCCCUGCGCACCCUGGUGCUGCGCGGGAACGGGCUGGGCCCGGCGGGGCUGGGCGCUCCGGAGGGCCCGGGGCUCGGAGGCCCCCUGCCGGCCCUGCGGGUGCUGGACCUGUCCGGGAACGGGCUGGAGACGCUGCCCGCGGCCCUGGGGGGAGCCCUGGAGCCGGCCGGGCCCUGCGCUGCUGGGGGGGCCCCUGCCUUCCCCCAGCUGCGGAGCUUGAACCUCACCGGGAACCGGCUCCGGGAGCUGGGGCCGGGCUUGGCUCGGGCCGCCCCCCAGCUCCAGACCCUGCUGCUCUCCGGGAACCGCCUGAAUGCCCUGCCCGGCGGCCUCCUGCCCCCGGGCGCCUCCGGCCUCUUCCCACUGCUCAGCCAGCUGGAGGCAGCCAACAACGGGCUGCAGGAGCUGGGCUCUGCCAUCGCCAACCUGCCGGCCCUCAAGAUCCUGAAUGUUUCCAAUAAUGAGUUAUCAGAAAUCCCUGCUGAGCUUGCAGACUGCCCUAAAUUAAAGGAGGUCAAUUUAAGAGGAAACAAACUAAAAGACAAGCGGCUGGAGAAAAUGGUCAGUAGCUGCCAGGCAAAAUCAAUUCUGGAAUACUUGCGGGUUGGAGGCCGAGGAGGUGGCAAAGGAAAAGGGAAACCAGAUAACUUUGAUAAAGAAGAGAGUAAGAAGAAAAAGAGGGAUAAACGCCAGAAGAAGGAUAGUGGAGAUGGGGAACUGGACAAGCUGGAAGAGGUGAAUAAACUGAUGAUCAAGAUUCUGCACAUUGCAGAAAAUCCAGCUCCAGUGGUAGUUAAAGUUAGUCCAAAUAUCAAAGAAGUUCGGCCAUACAUUGUUUGCUGUGUGGUGAAGGGAAUGAAUUUGAAUCAAGGGAAUGCCUUGAAGAGAUUUCUUUCUGCACAGAUCAAACUUCAUGAUGACAUCUGUGAGAAACGAACAGCAGCAACCAUUGCCACGCAUGACCUGCAGCUGAUCAAAGGGCCUCUGCUGUACGAUGCUCAGCCACCUAACGAAUUAACGGUAAUGCCACUGGGUCGGAAGGAGAUCAAGGCAAAGGAUCUUGUCCGUCAGUUGCAGUUAGAGGCUGAGCAACAAAGAAAACAGAAGAAGCGUCAGAAUGUUUCUGGAUUGCACAAGUACCUUCAGUUACUGGACGGGAAAGAGAACUAUCCUUGUCUAGUAGAUGCUGAGGGUGUUGUGAUUUCUUUCCCACCAAUCACUAACAGUGAGAGAACAAAGAUUAGAAAAACCACUUGUGAGCUAUUUCUGGAAGUGACGAGUGGCACCAGCCUCCAGAUAUGCAAAGAUGUCAUGGACACCCUGAUUCUAAAAAUGGCAGAACUCAACAAAUUCACUUUAGAGAAUAAGGAGGAAGAAUCCGUGUCUGAUGGUGAAUCGGACGUGACGUCUGAACGAGUGAAUUCAAAUCCCAGCCAAAAUGCAGAGCAAAAGACUUCUCCAUUAACGGUGGAGCAGGUUCGUGUUGUGGACGUGGAUGGGAAUUUAAAAGUACUGUAUCCAUCUAAAACUGACCUAACUCUGGUCUCAUCUCUUUUAACCAUAAUUCGUUAACAGCCAUCAAGGUUCUUGUAAAAUGCUUUGAUUUCAAAUUUUGUUUCAUAUUUUACAAAUACAGAGUUUGUAUAUGGUAAAAUUAAAUUAUUUAGACCCCUCUGUCUUUACGAAAACAUGUAAAGUGCCCUCCUUUUGGAUGCAUAACUCCGAUGAUUUGAUCCAACUGUGGCAAGGAGUACUGCAUUCUUUCCUGUCUCAUUAAUAAAGUCCCAAUGUUAUAACUGGUUAGAGAUUGAAUCAGUUUUUUAACGUUGGGAUCUAAGUAUUUCA